AUGCGCCGCCAUCUUGGACUGCUGGUGAAGAACUUGCCGCCACACCUCCCAGAGCCAGGAGUGAAGCAAUUCUUCGAAAAGCAUGCCCAAGUGAAGGAUAUGUACUUGUUCAGAAGGAGUCCAUUCGGAGGCCACUCCGGGCAGUCUUUGGUGCAUUUCGCCAGUGCUUCAGAGCUCGCCAAAGCGCUUCAGCUUAAUGGGAGAUUGUUACACAAUUACAAGCUACACAUCGAACCAACUGUCCAAGAAGCACAUGAGGUAGAUUUCCCAGCAGACGGACAGAGACCGAUACGGUACAAGUUUCGCAGUCCGCUGCUCUAUGUCACUGGACAGCCAUUGGAGGCUACAGAAGAAGAGCUCGUCGUUGCUUUUCGUAGAUUUGGUGCUGUGCGUUGGGUACAAAACUUUCACCGCGAUCGCAAGAAGUUUGCACACGCUUACGCUUUUGUGUUGUACGAUUCACCUCAGUCUGCAACCAAGGCAUACGAGAAUGGUGUGUAUUGGAGAAGUGCGGGCGGAAACAUACAAUGCAAUACCAAGCUAAAGCUGUCAUUCUUCAAAAGACCCAUCAAGUACCCUUCAAACGAUCCACUCAAGCUUGGUUUUGAAGGUAACAGCAGAAUUUUCAAGCACCCAAAGUAG